GAAGAUUCGUCUAACCAAUUACUACAGUCACAGGUUUAUUAAAUUUUGUUGUUUCCAAAAUGAGGAGAGGUAUCGGCGUAGGAGCUAUCAAAAAAGAAAAAUUAGAACAGGAAAGAUAUAAAGGAAAAGGUAACGAAAUACAAGAAAAUCAAUUCGAACAAAUGACCAAACAAUUGGAAGUAUUCAAAACAAACUUGGAAGAUUUUGCUACAAAACAUAAAAACGAAAUUAGAAAGAAUCCAGAGUUUAGGAAACAAUUUCAGGAAAUGUGUGCUAGCAUCGGGGUAGAUCCGUUAUCAUCCGGUAAAGGAUUUUGGUCUGUAUUGGGAAUAGGCGAUUUUUAUUACGAAUUAGCUGUACAAAUAGUAGAAGUUUGUUUAGCUACAAACGAAAAAAACGGUGGUCUCAUCAGCCUUGACGAAUUAAGGACAAAACUAAUAAAAGCGAGAGGACAAAACAAAUCUCAUCAGGAUAUCACUAAAGAUGACUUAAUUAGAGCGGCACACAAACUGAAAAUAUUUGGAAAUGGAUUCAACGUUAUACCUAUGGGUAAAGAUAGAUACAUGGUUCAAUCUGUACCCGGUGAACUUAGUAUGGAUCAUUCGACUAUACUACAACAAGCUGAAAAAAAUUUCGGAUCCAUUUCGUCGUCAUAUUUAUGUAAAGAAUUAAAUUGGGAACAACAGAGGGCCGAAAAGGCAUUAGAACACAUGAUAAAUCAAGGAUUAGCUUGGUUAGAUUCGCAACACCCCGAGGAAUAUAAAUAUUACUUUCCUAGUUUAUACACUGCUUGCAUAAAUUCAAAUGCUUAAUUUUCUUUUUUUAUAAAUUUCUGCUUAAAAUGUAAUUAUAACAAAUUAAAAUAAAGUUUGUAAAUGAAA